GUCAGCAAGGUCAGGAUCGCAGGCCACUGAGGAAUAGCUCAGUUCCAGACUUCGGCUCCCUCUACGAGAGACAGGUGGCAAUGUCUGCGCGGGGAUCAAUGCAAACACACGAUUGCUAUAAUGACCCUCCUUUGUCAAACAGAUACCUAGAGGACCCUCGUUAUUACAGAGACCAAAUGCUAGCCCGUUCAGGGCAGGGAUAUGGGGCACCUGCAAGCCGGACAGCUUGGGAACAGACUCCAACACGCCCUUUUCACCAACAGGAACCAGGUCGCCUGUACAGGGAUCCUACAGGUAGAGUUAUUCCUGAGGGGCAGCGUUCUAGAAGUCGUGAUUCCUCCCCUGCAAGGUAUAACAUAGAAACACCAAAUCCCAGGUAUGGUGCAGAGGCAAAUUCAUUCCCAAGCAGACAAAUGUAUAACGAGUUGAUGGAAAGAUCCAUUGAUCCUUCAACAGGAAGACAGACAGUUCCCACAUGUCUAGUUGUGGAGUCGGGUGAAGCUGCUGCUAUGGAUGGUGCUCCUGGGACAUCCUCUAAUUUAGCAAAUCGUGGUUAUAUCUCAGCCAGAGAGAACGUCAGUGCUAAGAUGGCUUAUGAUAACUGUGAGAGCUCUCUGGCUCCAUCCCAUGCUCAGAUGCCAGUGUCACUAUCAGGAGCUGAACUGAGGAGACCUCUAGACAUGGAGUUCCUCUCUACUCUUCGAAAUGAAGGCCUGUCAGAGAGUACUAUUAGUGCAUUAAUACAGCAAGGAUUUGAUACACCCGGUUCACUGGCUGUUAUGGAAGAGCAUGAUAUCAAGGCAGUGGCUGCUAAUCUUGGUCAAGCAAGAUUACUUUCAGGUGUUAUCAAGAACUAUCGGGCAGAUCUACAGAUGCUGAGACAAGAUCAGCAAAAAAACAAUUCACUACGAGCUCGAGCACGAUCAAAUAGUUUCAGUCAUAGAGGGGACUUAAUGCGCAAUGAGUUUGGUGCCCAGACCAUUAGCAAUCCCAUCAUGGAUGGAUCUACCAACCCACAUCAAAAUUUAUCUUUGCAGCCAGUUUCUCCGAGAAUGGCUGAACUCAACCGACGUCCUUCCAGUGCACCAUCGCAACAUCUUUUGGAGACCGCCAGCUACCCAUCUUGUGGGAUGAGUACCCAGAAUCCACAAUUAAUUUCUGCUGCUGGAUAUUCAGUUCCUGUUCAACCUCGCCCUGCUUCAGCCUAUCCUGCUCAGUCUGGAAUACCAAUGACUGUUAUGCACAGCAGUCUCAACCCUGGGCCAAAGACCGCUUACCCUACCAGUUACACUGUGCCCAUGGAGCUGAUGAAGAGAGAGCGCCUGCCGCCCACCUCCCCACUGCACAGCCCUCACUGCAGUCCCCAGCUUCUCCGUAAACAGGGAGGUCAUCUGGAGACCACUCUGAAUUUACCACCUCCUGUCCUAUGUAGUCAGCCUGGGCUCAACUCUCCAUAUCAGAAAGUAACCCGACGGACAGGACCACCUAUUAUUGUUUCCACUAUGGCAUCACCAGAGCAAAGUAUGCGGCCCCAGACUAUUAAUGGCCCAAUGCAUCCACGUCCACUUGUGGCGCUGUUAGAUGGGAGGGACUGCACUGUGGAGAUGCCGAUCCUGAAAGACCUGGCUACGGUGGCAUUCUGCGAUGCCCAAUCCACACAAGAGAUCCAUGAAAAGGUUCUAAAUGAAGCAGUUGGAGCUAUGAUGUAUCACACCAUCACGCUGACACGUGAAGACCUGGAGAAAUUUAAGUCCCUUCGUGUCAUUGUACGAAUAGGAAGUGGAUAUGACAACAUUGACAUUAAGGCUGCAGGAGACAUGGGGGUUGCCGUAUGUAACAUUCCCUCAGCAGCUGUGGAAGAGACAGCAGAUUCCACAAUCUGUCACAUCCUUAAUCUUUACCGGAGGAACACUUGGCUUUACCAGGCGCUAAAGGAGGGGACAAGAAUCCAUAGUGUAGAGCAGAUACGGGAGGUGACGUCAGGGGCAGCCAGAGUGCGUGGGGAGACCCUGGGCUUGCUAGGAUUUGGGCGCGUUGGGCAGGCUGUGGCUGUGAGAGCCAAGGUGUUCGGCUUUAGUGUGAUUUUCUACGACCCGUACCUGCAGGAUGGGACGGAGCGCUCGUUGGGGGUGCAAAGAGUGUACACAUUACAAGACUUGCUUUACCAAAGCGACUGUGUCUCUCUGCACUGCAGCCUUAAUGAGCACAACCAUCACCUCAUUAACGACUUUACAAUUAAACAGAUGAGACAAGGCGCCUUCCUGGUGAAUACAGCUAGAGGCGGCCUUGUGGAUGAGAAAGCAUUAGCUCAAGCUCUGAAAGAGGGCAGAAUAAGAGGAGCCGCUCUGGAUGUGCAUGAAUCGGAACCUUUUGUAUUUGCUCAGGGCCCCCUGAAGGAUGCUCCCAACUUAAUCUGCACCCCACACACGGCAUGGUAUAGCGAGCAGGCGUCCCUGGAGAUGAGAGAAGCUGCAGCCACCGAGAUGCGUAGAGCUGUCACAGGUCGCAUUCCUGAUAGUCUCCGAAACUGUGUAAACAAAGAGUUUUUAGUGGCAUCCACCCAGUGGCCUACAAUGGAGCAACAGGGGGCCAGUGUUGAGAUGAAUGGAGCCACCUAUAGAUCUGUUUGUGUUCAGCCACUGCAGGGAGAAAAACGUUAAUGUUCAUAAACAAUACGUAAGUUAUUGAAUCUUACUCA